AUGUAUGGUAAACCAUGCAUAAUUUACCUUAAUUCAUUUUUUACAACCUAGCCAGCAGCACAGAUAGGCCCAGGCUAGACUACUUUUGUAUCCUAGAAACAUCAACAAAUGACCGUCAGAGAUGUUCCGUUAUCUACUCUGACUUUCAUUGAAAAACUAUUCAAAUGUAGGGCAAUUUGAUGAACUUAAAGGUUUAAGUUAUUUCCAUUGACAUUGCAAAGGAAUGUAGCCUACACCCCUUCUUCGAAAUGACGCUACAGACUGGGCUACUUACUCACUUUAUCACCGUUACCUGCAGCUGAGUUUCUCGCCGGGCGCGGUGGCGCGUGCCUGUAAUCCAAGUCACUGGGAGGCUGAGGUUGGUGGAUCGAAUGAGCUGAGGAGCUCUGGGCUGCAGCGCGGUAUGUCGAACGGGUGUCCGCACUAAGUUUGGUAUCGAUAUGGUGUUCCUGGGGGAGCCCGGGACCACCAGGUCGUCUAAGGAGGGGUGUACCGGCCCAGAUCGGAAACGAAGCAGGUCAAAGCCCCCGUGCCGUCCAGUAGUGGGAUAGCGUCUGUGAGUACACGCUGCAGUGCAGCCUUGGCAAGACAUCGAUACCCAAUCUUUUUUAUUAGUAAAAAAAAGAUCUACUUCACGGUCGGCAGCUGCAUUUGCAAUACAAUACUCACGUGAGUUUCGUGAGUCUCUUCCCCCUACCUCUGCGGAAGAACAGGUCCCGCUCAGCCCAGUCAAAACUUGCGUCACAUUGCGACUGCUUUAAACAUAUAUCUUGCAACAGAAAUGGUGAGAAUUUGAAUAUCUGAUUAUUCUACUAACCUCUUUAAUAUAUCAAUAUAAGAUUAUAGUCUUAAUAGUGAAUAGUCUAUGGUUCAGGGUCUUGAUCUAAUGGUUGCAUACUCAGUCUGUUGGUCUACCAGUGGGAAGGUUGACCUCAGUAUAGGUAAUGUCUGUUCUCUGGCCCCCCCCCCCCCCCCCCCCCACACACACACACACACACACACACACACACACACACACACACACACACACACACACACACAUGAUAUUCACAAUAACAUUUCCUGUGUUGACUAGCAUCUGAUUUUCUGAAACAGAAUCUGAGAUCGAACGUUCGUGAAUCCUUAAUAAAAUACUAAUUUCACACCAAAAAUAAAGGUUUUCUUUACUAUACAACAUUAUACAUAUCUACUAACUGUAUGAAGGAAAUUAGUUCAGUUCAGAUAGAAUAGAACCUGACUUCAGAGGGUAAUUAAGAGAGUUGUAGAUGACUUAUGUGCCCUCCUCCUGAAGAUGACAACCAGAGCUGCGGCCACACACACAGCCCCACUGACACCCAAAUCACCCCCGACUGGUUAAGACCUGAUGACACAGAGCACACCUGUGUCACUUGAGAUCAGCCUGGCUCACAACAAGGAGGUUGAGUGAAAGAGGGACUGACACACAAAUGACACAGUACAUAGAUGAAGCACAAUGAGGUACAGUAGUGAAAGUGUUGCCUUGAUGAACAGGGUUUGAAUUUUACUUAGUAGAUUGUUUCUUACCGUCGUUUUCCUAUUUUUCAUCAUUACCAUAAUUAUCAGGUUUAAUAUUACAUUCUUGUUCAUUUUUUCCAGAGUAGCAUAACAAGAAUACCACAGGAGGUUGGUGGCACCUUAAUUGGGGAGGACGGGCUCGUGGUAAUGGCUGGAGCGGAAUAAGUGGAAUGGUAUCAAAUACAUCAAACACAUGGUUUCCAUGUGUUUGAUGCCAUUACAUUCGCUCCGUUACAGCCAUUAUUAUGAGUCGUCCUCCCUCAGCAGCCCCCUGUGAAGAAUACGUACCUGAGAAUGUAGAGGUGAAGUCAAUGGAGUUCUUCACUUUUCCCUUGUCAGUCAGCUGACACAUCCACUUCCUGUUGUUGUCCUCCCUCUGGAGUGUCACAGAGUGAGGUCACAGCGAAACCCUCUGACCUGGUAUCUGGAGUCUCCCUGCAGCUCACUACCUGUCAUCCUCCCAGCUAAGACUAACUGCAUGGUCAAUGAGUGAGAUACUUGUUCCAAGUCCAUCAAAUGUGUGCUGAGAGCAACUUAAAGUUACUGAUCUGUCUCUGGUGUGGAUGAGGAGACUGGGAGAGACAGAAGAAAAAUACAAUAUUGUGGUAGUUGUACAUUUAUUGUGUACUACUGUAUUGUAUAUGUUGUAUAACUAAGACAACUUUUCGCUCUUGACUUUACUGUAAACAGAAAAACUCACUGGUGAGAAUAGACAAAUAGGUAUCAUUAUCUGUCUCAAAUGGGGUUCUGUUGUUUACUCAACAGGUGUAGAGUCCAGCAUCUUCAGCUGUGACACUUUGAAGAUAUAGAGACUGAGCCUUCACACUCAGUCUCUCAGUUCUCUGUGAGUUAUGUCUCACCUCCCCCUUAGAGAAAACUGCAAUAGCAUUCCCAAUCCCAGCUCUGGAGUAAAGCCAUGUAGUUGAGGAGCAGUCUUCUGGAUCAGCCGUAUUGUGACAAGGUAGAUGGACAUCAACCCCCACAUUGACAUAUUGAGAGAGUUUGUUUCCACUCACACCUAGAAAGUAAGACAAAGUUAAUCCAUGUAACACAGCAUAAUAAUUUCUCAAAUAAUUUCAUAAAGAUUGGAUCCAUUAUAAGUGGUAAAUAUUCACUGAGUGUACAAAACAUUAAGAACACUUUCCUACUAUUGAGUUGCACCUAGGGCUGUGGAGGUCAUGACAUAUUGUCAGCCGUUGAUUGUCAAGCAAAUACCUUCCGGUCUCACAGUAAUUUACCGUUAAUUAACAUAAACACAUUUAGCAUCUCCUGGCUUCCAUGCAUAGCCUACAAGCCACUGAUGCAGACCUUUGGAACAUCUACAUGUUAAAAAGUCUAAUAAAUCCAUUGAAUAUAGCCUGCACCAUCACAAUAAAUCCAUCAUUUAUUUUAGACAGGUCUAAAGAAACACUAUAUGAAGAAAAUGUAGUCUAUUUCAGAAGAACAGAAUAGCAUACUCUGAGUGGUCCUUAUUUUAGGCCCUGAUUUGGCUAUGCCAUAUGGCUGUGGGCUACACUAGUUAUUUGCUUAGAAUUCCAUGGCAUUAUUUUAUAUUAUUUUAUAGUAUGAAGAAUACAAUUGAACAUAGCUGAAUAAAAUAGAAAGGAUGUUUUCUCCAAACGAUUUCUGAGGGAGUGCACACAUGCAGCUAUUCUGUGUUGAGCGGUUAACAAAGGAACAGGUCCUCCUAUAUGCUUAAUUUAGAGUUAUUUAUGCAACUUUAGUUGUGAUACACGUGGCUCUCUCAGAUAUGACAAUUCUUAUUAGCCAAUGCCCGUCAGGUGAUCGGGUUCUUCUCACAGGCAUCUAUCUAAGCUCUGAAGUAGGCUACAAGUGAAGAGAGACACAUCAGGGACGCAACCGCGGCGUCCUUCUUAUCGAUUUCCGAGGGACAUAUUGAAGAUGUUAGCAGAACUGUCCACAUUUACUAUUCUUCAGCCAGCAAGAUGAGUAGGCCAAACAAACAGCAAAAGCACUAGCCUAUGUCAAUCUACAAUCCCCCAUAGUACAAACGUUGACCUAUUCUAUUGGUCAACUUGUCCUUCUGUGCGAGUAAUAAAUAUUCCAAACAUAGUCUGGGACAGUUGUGUGAUAAGAUAGAUCCCAAAUUAUUACAACCGCUCGCAUCAAAAAACGAUUUAAAAGCAAUGAGGCUGAAAACACCAUUCUCAAAAGUGACCACAAAUGCGAUUAUGCAUGUAAUGCUUUAUUAUAAAGGUGCAUUUUUAUGGUGGAAAUUAUCUUCCCCAUACUUGAAACUCACGCGCUGCGUAUGUAUGCCAGUUAGGCUCUACACCGGUUGUAAAGUGGAUUAAUGUGCUUAAUUUUAAGAAGUUAUUUGGCCACUUUAGUUGUGAUACUAAACCUUAUCAAAACAUGAAGUGCAUUCGGAAAGUAUUCAGACCCCUUGACUUUUUCCACAUUUGUUACGUUACAGCCUUAUUCUAAAAUGGAUUAAAUAAAUAAAAGUCCUAAUGAAUUUACACACAAUACAGCAUAAUGACAAAGUGAAAACUGUUUUUUUGACAUUUUUGCAAAUGUCAAAAAUAUAUAUAUACAGUGAGGGAAAAAAGUAUUUGAUCCCCUGCUGAUUUUGUACGUUUGGUUGCCCACUUCACCAAACAAAAAAAUACACCAUAUACAUACAUAUAUACUAUAAUAAAUGUAAUGGUAGGUUUAAUUGGUGGGAAACAGAUAUAUGUCUGUGCAACAAAAAAAAUGCCAGAAAAAAAACGCAUAGUCACAACACUAUAAUAAGAAAUUGAUAUACAAUGGUCAUGGUAAUGAGGGAAUAAGUAUUUGGACAGGGACCCCUCAAAGGGGUCAAAUCAGCAGAAAUAUUUCUGGCUCCCAGGGUACUAUUUAAAUAACCAAUUGUAAGCAAAAGAGGGCCGAGAUGGAUGAGCACACAAAUCAAUAAGAGGGAGUGCUCCUAAUCGGUCAGGGUUUGGGGUUAAUCAACCGAGAAAAAAAAAAAAAAAAAAAAAAAAAAAAAAAAAAAAAAAAAAAAAAAAACAAGAGAAAAAAACAAAGGAAAAAAGAGGAGGAAAAGAGAAAUGAACAAACUGAGAUUAGGAGCACUCCCUUUAAGAGUGUGCUCCUAAUCUCAGCUCGUUACCUGUAUAAAAGACACCUGGGAGCCAGAAAUCUUUCUGAUUGAGAGGGGGUCAAAUACUUAUUUCCCUCAUUAAAAUGCAAAUCAAUUUAUAACAUUUGUGACAUGCGUUUUUCUGGAUUUUUGUUGUUGUUAUUCUGUCUCUCACUGUUCAAAUAAACCUACCAUUACAAUUAUAGACAGAUCAUUUAUUUGUCAGUGGGCAAACGUACAAAAUCAGCAGGGGAUCAAAUACUUUUUUCCCUCACUGUAUAUAUAUAUUUUUUACAUUUGCAAAAAUGUCAAAAAAACAGUUUUCACUUUGUCAUUAUGCUGUAUUGUGUGUAAAUUCAUUAGGACUUUUAUUUAUUUAAUCCAUUUUAGAAUAAGGCUGUAACGUAACAAAAUGUGGAAAAAGUCAAGGGGUCUGAAUACUUUCCGAAUGCACUUCAUGUUUUGAUAAGGUUUGUAUCACAACUAAAGUGGCCAAAUAACUUCUUAAAAUUAAGCACAUUAAUCCACUUUACAACCGGUGUAGAGCCUAACUGGCAUACAUACGCAGCGCGUGAGUUUCAAGUAUGGGGAAGAUCAUUUCCACCAUAAAAAUGCACCUUUAUAAUAAAGCAUUACAUGCAUAAUCGCAUUUGUGGUCACUUUUGAGAAUGGUGUUUUCAGCCUCAUUGCUUUUAAAACGUUUUUUGAUGCGAGCGGUUGUAAUAAUUUGGGAUCUAUCUUAUCACACAACUGUCCCAGACUAUGUUUGGAAUAUUUAUUACUCGCACAGAAGGACAAGUUGACCAAUAGAAUAGCUCAACGUUUGUACUAUGGGGGAUUGUAGAUUGACAUAGGCUAGUGCUUUUGCUGUUUGUUUGGCCUACUCAUCUUGCUGGCUGAAGAAUAGUAAAUGUGGACAGUUCUGCUAACAUCUUCAAUAUGUGCCUCGGAAAUCGAUAAGAAGGACGCCGCGGUUGCGUCCCUGAUGUGUCUCUCUUCACUUGUAGCCUACUUCAGAGCUUAGAUAGAUGCCUGUGAGAAGAACCCGAUCACCUGACGGGCAUUGGCUAAUAAGAAUUGUCAUAUCUGAGAGAGCCACGUGUAUCACAACUAAAGUUGCAUAAAUAACUCUAAAUUAAGCAUAUAGGAGGACCUGUUCCUUUGUUAACCGCUCAACACAGAAUAGCUGCAUGUGUGCACUCCCUCAGAAAUCGUUUGGAGAAAACAUCCUUUCUAUUUUAUUCAGCUAUGUUCAAUUGUAUUCUUCAUACUAUAAAAUAAUAUAAAAUAAUGCCAUGGAAUUCUAAGCAAAUAACUAGUGUAGCCCACAGCCAUAUGCUUAUAUGGCAUAGCCAAAUCAGGGCCUAACAUAAGGACCACUCAGAGUAUGCUAUUCUGUUCUUCUGAAAUAGACUACAUUUUCUUCAUAUAGUGUUUCUUUAGACCUGUCUAAAAUAAAUAAUGGAUUUAUUGUGAUGGUGCAGGCUAUAUUCAAUGGAUUUAUUAGACUUUUUAACAUGUAGAUGUUCCAAAGGUCUGCAUCAGUGGCUUGUAGGCUAUGCAUGGAAGCCAGGAGAUGCUAAAUGUGUUUAUGUUAAUUAACGGUAAAUUACUGUGAGACCAGAAGGUAUUUGCUUGACAAUCAACGGCUGACAAUAUGUCAUGACCUCUACAGCCCUAGGUGCAACUCAAUAGUAGGAAAGUGUUCUUAAUGUUUUGUACACUCAGUGAAUAUUUACCACUUAUAAUGGAUCCAAUCUUUAUGAAAUUAUUUGAGUAAUUAUUAUGCUGUGUUACAUGGAUUAACUUUGUCUUACUUUCUAGGUGUGAGUGGAAACAAACUCUCUCAAUAUGUCAAUGUGGGGGUUGAUGUCCAUCUACCUUGUCACAAUACGGCUGAUCCAGAAGACUGCUCCUCAACUACAUGGAUUUACUCCAGAGCUGGGAUUGGGAAUGCUAUUGCAGUUUUCUCUAAGGGGGAGGUGAGACAUAACUCACAGAGAACUGAGAGACUGAGUGUGAAGGCUCAGUCUCUAUAUCUUCAAAGUGUCACAGCUGAAGAUGCUGGACUCUACACCUGUUGA